AUGGCAACCUCGCGCGAUGCUCCAAAUCCCCUACGGCCCUACUACAUUCCACCGUCUAUUGGCCUGCCGGUAGAUGUCCCGCAGAACCAGACGGCCUCUGCACUUCCGCCCGCCUACAAACCAUCCAACAGCAGUAAAUCAAGUCUGGGGAGUCAGGCACGCGACAUUCUCUCCGACCUCGACUAUGACUCGUACUUUCCAGAGAGCUCGCCUACGAUAGCCGGGCACGCGAAGAAGCUGCUCGACCACGCACUGUGGAAUUACACGAGCGUACUGCUUGCCCAACCUUUUGAGGUCGCCAAGACGAUACUCCAGAUUCAAGAGGCAAAGGAACAGUUGUCGGGGCUAAAGGGAGAUAGCGACUUUGGCCAUAAGAGUAGACCGGAGAGUUAUUCGAGCGGGAAAUUCGAGGAUUAUCCGCCCUCUGACGAAUCGGAUGAGGACUCGCCCAGCUACUUCACAUCGACUGCGCCGCGCGCAACUCCCUCAGCGUCUCCAUACUCACCUGCCGUCUCACGAUCGCGGUCCCCACGGAAGCGCCAAAGACAUGUUGACAGCCAGUCACGCUCUCGGACGCCAACGCGACCGCCCCCACCUGCCCUCCGCAAACUAGACCUCAAGCGAGCAGACUCCCUCCUUGAAGUCAUAGGACAACUAUGGCAAAAGGAAUCAGCAUGGGGUGUAUGGAAGGCCACAAAUUGCACUUUCAUUUACAACUUCCUCCUCAAGACAACCGAGGGCUGGUUUAGGAGUCUUAUCUCCGCCCUGUUGAACAUACCAGACCCAGGUCUUGUGGGCUCAGCAGGAAGCGGGAUAGGAGGGCUGGAUAUACUAGACAGCCCUAGCCCCCUGACCUCCCUCGGCGUCGCCGUCGCCGCAACUGCCAUCGCAGCUACCCUCCUCGCACCCCUCGACAUGGUGCGCACACGCCUCAUCAUCACCCCCAUAUCCUCCUCGCCACGAUCCAUAUACCCAUGUCUCUCCCUCCUCCCGUCCUUCUCCGUCACCCCCAGCCUCCUACCGGCAACCAUACUGCACGCCUGCGUGCCAACGCUCAUCUCCUCCUCCACACCCCUCUUCCUCCGCUCCACCCUCAGUAUCGACCCCAUCCUCACACCCGCCACCUACUCAUUCAGCACAUUCCUCUCCUCCACAGCCGAACUCUUCAUCCGUCUGCCCCUCGAAACAGUCCUCCGCCGCGGCCAAGUCGCCACCCUCCAAGACCACGAGACUCAGCGUCUCGCUUCAGAGUACAAAUCCCCGCCUAGCCGCGGCAAGAGCCCGGCUUACGGUCUAGACAAGUCGUCGAGCUCUGAGACGAGCUUCAAGACUAUUGUCGAGCCCGGUCAGUAUAGGGGCGUGCUUGGCACAAUGUGGUUUAUUGCUCGCGAAGAAGGUAUUACCAUUGAGGGACCUAAUGCGGCAAAGGCUGCGAGUGCAAAGGCUAUGGGCUUUUCGCGACCGCCGCGUACAAAGAAGGGGCAGGGUGUUCAUGGCUUGUGGAGGGGGUGGAGAGUGGGUAUUUGGGGGCUUGUUGGUAUUUGGGGUGCGGCUGCCUUGGGUGGAGGUGGUGGUGAAUUUUAG